AUGAGAUACUUCUUGGUUCUACUUCUCGCAGUCGCGGUUCCUGAAGUAAUUGCUAGCGAUAGAUACAGGUUCCGCCACUGGCUACCCUACUAUGAUUAUCUAUGGGAGAGAAGAGCGGGGGCCUGCGCGCUGCAAAUCCAGCAGUAUCACAACAACAAUCGCACCGAGGUUCGUCGCCGUGCGGUCUGCGCUGUCGUCGUGGACUGCCUGCUGACCAACGUCACCGAGUCCAUCAAGAGCAACCUCGCCUCUGCAGACAUUCUCCUCGGCCUGACUCCGCAGAUCUUAAGUCUUGCCGGGCCCCGUAAUGGAGAGUUGGCUCUUUUAUCGACGCAGAGACCAGUCCUCACAAGCCUCUUGUCCUUUGGGUUUCCUUCCAUGUCUAUCUCCGGCUUAUUUGUUUCUGUCGACGUAACCUCUCUCCUGAGGAAGCCAGUGGCAAGAACAGCUCGAUCCUAUCAUUUGUGGCUCCACGAACAGACAAAAGGCCGGCAACUGUCCAUCUUCACUUUACAGUAUGCGUUAGCAGCGGGAGCAGUUGCUAACAGCAUUUAUACAUCGGUCUAUCUGGAUUCAAGAACCGCAUCAGGAUGGCGAUGCGGCGCGAACUAUAUGCCCCUUGCCUGGAGCAUGUCGGGAUCCUUGAUCGCAAUGGUUGAGAUGCUAGCCAUUCGAACAAGGUGCUCCUCUCAAGGGUCUACAAGAAGGCGUCCAAAACAACCAAUCACUCGUCUCUCCUGGAUAAAGUGCCACCUCCACAACAGUAUCCGCCCAGAGACGAAGGAUACCUGCAUGACCGAGAUUCUCUUCUGGAUUGCAAACUUCAUGAGUGUGAUACAAACUCUUUUUGGUACUGCUGUGCUUUCUUCCCUCUUGUUCGUAUCAUUUUUGGACGCCCUGCCCAUUCUGGUCCGCUAUGGACUUAGUGCCGCCGCAUGCAACGUGCUCCUGCGGCUUGAGCUCGGUGGUUUGAGGCGCGAAUUAGAGGAGAAACGGGCAUCAAGUGACGAGGAGAAGAUAAGACACUUCGAGAUGGUGGAAAGAAGGUCUGGAUGGGACUUACACUUGAUGCGAACAAUCCGAUGA